GACCCGACCAACAAACAGUCAGCCUACAGGGCGAGGCUCGCAAGCAAAGCAGGGAAAGCAACAAGCAGUAGCAUGCAUUGACGGAUGUGGCGUCCGCGAACGCUCCCGUGUCUCAUGGAUGGGCCUGAUGGACCUUGAUGAGCCUGAUACCUGACGCCCAUCACCCGUUCCUCUCAUCUUGGAGCUGUCCUUGGGAUCAACCCAGGCAUGGCACCAGUCCCCAACCCGGUCGGAACAACAUUUUGAGCAAAGUUUGGGAAACGGCAUGCACAUCAAAGCAACAGCGAGUGAGAGCAGCUCCUGUCAAAUGGUCUUGUCGUCUCUUCUCCUGCAAUGCGUGCAGCAGUGCCGGGAAGAAACUCCACGGGUGGCGUUCCUGUAUGGCAGGGCACGCCGCACACGGACGGCCGUCGCGGAGAUGGAUUCCCACUCUUCUGCGCGACGAAAUUGGACAGGACCCGGCGACCGCACGACACGAUCCACACACCCGUGGGUUGGCCCAGUCCAUACACGCAGCAUCUGCUCUCUUGCGUUUGGCCCCAUGGGUUGGGCUGCUCUCGGUUUGCUCUCCCGAAGACGAGAGCAAGGGCACCGGGGCCCGGGCAAGCCUUAGCCAAGGCAUGGAUGGGCAAGGUGAGGCGAGACGAGGCGACGCGUCCGAGAGUCAGAGACUCGAGAGGAGGGAAGUGAAAAGGACCGGGCCAUUAUGAGAUUUCCAAGAAGAAAACACACCGACAAAAAAGCAACAGAGUGACAACCGACAUG